AUGGGCCAGCGCCUUUGUGGUGGGCAUGAGGGCUGCUCCUGCGUGGAGGGGCUGCUGCCAACCUCAUGGCGCAUGCAGCAGUACAACAGUCAAAGAGAGGAAUUCGAAGAGCGGGUCAAGUUCCUGGAAACCGUGCCGGUCUUUGCCAACCAGCUUCCCCGAGCGGACCUUCCUCGCGUAGCAGAGGCGCUGGAGAUGAAGAUGUUUCGUCCCGGGGAGCUGUUGGCGAAGCAGGGGGAUGUCGGGCAGGAGCUGAAAGUCAUCAAGACAGGGACGGCCGCGGUUGUCAUGAAAAAUGACGGCACCACUGGUAUGAUGCGGCAGACCUCCCCUGCCAGCGACGGCGACGAUGGGGAGCAGCGGAUCGCCACCCUCCACCGGGGGGACUGGAGCGGAGGCUACGCGCUGGUGCAGACGCGCGCGUUCCGCGCCUCGGUGGUCGCCGAGCCUCCGGGCGUCACGUGCUACACUCUCUCCCGCCAGAAGUUCGAAGACCUCGGCCUGCACGAGUGCCUUCACUUCCCGCGGCGCGCGGCCAUGUACGAGGGACAUGCCAAGCGCGCGGGGAACCUGGCGAAGCGCAUGCCGGGCGUGACACCCGUUCCAGGAAAGCUGACGGAGGAGGAGCUGGACUUCAUCGUGAGGUCGCUUUGCAAGAACAUGAACUUGCGGUCCGCCAUUGACCUCUCGGAGCGCAUCGACAGGGUCAAGGAGCUCGCCAGCCGCGCCACGCGCCUGCGCGUCCCGCAGCAGCGCAUCAUCGUCGAAGGAGGCAGUGCUGCCGAGGACUUCUUCGUGGUCUGCUCGGGCGUGGCCGAAGCCAUCCCAGAGAACUUCACGAACGAGCGGAGAGGCCACGGCGCUUCGGGUGCGGAGGAGAUGGUCGACGCGAACUCGCUGUCCUACAAGCUCCUGCAGAAAGCCGCGUACUUGCAGGACAUGAUGCGCGGAGGGGACGACAAGUGCGUGUCCAACGACCUAGCCAAGUCCCUGAAAGAGGACGCAAAAGUAGGCAUGCGGUCGAAGAUCCGCCGGAAGAAGGGCGGCUCGAUGGUCUACCAGGAGGAGAAGAAAGGUCUCCAGGAGCUUCUAGACGACGAAGCCAGCGCCCGAACCCCGCGCCGUGGGGACAAGAAAGGAAAGAACCGCCUGUUCAGAGUGAACACCAUUGACUACACGGGCGAGCAGCUGCUGUACGUGGGCGAGCGCGUGCGGGAGAAGAAGCACUUCGUAACAUUUAAAGGCAUUGCGGGCUCAGGCCUUACGGGCUCUCCAUUGCUGGGCAACCGGCGGAAGUCCAGCACUUCCCUGGAAGUUGAGGCGGAGGUGGGUCGAGUGGAGGCCAUCCUAGACCACUCCCGCGUGGUCGUGUCCUUUCCAUCGAAGGGGGUGAACAUCUACAACAACAGCGACCUAAGCCUGGCGAGGGACGAGGCAACCGUAGAGUUGCAGUCCGGAGACGUCUAUGGCGAGGUGGCGCUCUUGUACAACACCCGCCACCUCGCCACCUUCAAAGCUGGGCGGGAAGAGCUGUUGCUGUACGCCAUCAACCGCUCCGACUUUAAGGAGUGCCUCUUCAGGCAGGCCCAGAUGGCGGAGGCAGAGAAAUAUGGGGCGCUGCUGGCGGAAGUUCGGAUUCUGAGUUCCCUGCUGGAUUCUGAAAGGAGGGAUCUUGCGCGGAACGCCACGCGUGAAAUCACGUUCAAGGCGGGGCACUGCAUCCUCGCCGAGAAGAACCUCCGUGAGCUGCGCCGCGGAGACCAUUUUGGCGAGCGCUCCGCUUGGCGAGAGCAGGUCCUCAAAAGUCUGGGCCUAGAUGCCUUCGCCGGUCUAGAGUGCAUGGAGCAGGACGUCUGCACUCUCAAGCCUACCGGCUGGCAGGUCAUCCUGCAGCAAGACCCAGCAACUGGCAAGAAGUAUGCCCUCAAGCAGAUUUCCAAACGAGGCAUCCGCCUGAACGGCGUGGAGCUGCACAUACGGAACGAGCGGAAUUUGCACGCCAUGGUGAACAGCCCGUUCAUCGUACACCUCCACGCCUCCUACCGGGACAGGCCAGCGCCCGACAUGGGCCACAGAAUGCACACGGAGCUCUCCUUCUACGCCGCAUGUAUCGUGGAGGGACUGGGCCACCUCCACGAGCGGAAGGGCUACGCCAAGAUCUGCGACCUGGGCUUUGCGCGCUUCGUGCUCCGGAAGACGUACACCUUUCUGGGAACUCCGGAGUACAUGGCCCCAGAGAUCCUGAAUUUCCCCCACGAGCACGACGAGCGCGUCGACUGGUGGGCCCUGGGGGUGCUCAUGUUCGAGCUGCUGUCUGGGCAGACGCCCUGGCAUGCCGGGGACAACCAGGCAGACGCGCCGUACACCAUCCUCCGAAGCCAGCAGGUAAAAAUGACAGCAGGGGGCGGAGGCGGCAAGCGAUGCCAGCGUGCCCGCCGUGCGGCUCCAAGGGCGGAGGUGGACGACGGCGCUGGCGUCGGGGACGGCUUGAAACGGCCGACGGGCACGCUGCGCGACGCUCAGGCGGCGGCCUCGGAUGAGGAUGGUGAGCGGCUGGUCGAUCCAGGCCAGGCCUUGCUUGCAGUGCUCGAUCGACUGCUUUCACGGCUCAUGGAUUCUUGCAGAGAGAGUGCAGAAGUGCAGCAACUUCCGGUCGGCGCAGGAAAGCGGAUGCCGAACACUCGGUUUGCUGCAACCAUGGCUGCCCGGCAUGGCAAGCGGCUCUGUGAAGGGCCGAAGUUGAGCGAGCACCCGCUCUUUGGGGCCCUUCGCGAGUUUGAAGCCUGUCAGAAGUUCCUGGAUGAGUUCGGGAGCAGCCCAACAUUGGAAUGUAGCCCACAGAAGCCUGUGGAUCAAGUGCUGGCGUCUGGCAUGGUCAGACUUCGGAUUCCAAAGUCUGGCAGCGAUGGCAGUCGGGAUCUGUGGAUGUGUGCAGGCUGCGGAUGGUGCGACUUCACAGCAGGAAGCGACCGCGCGCUCUUCCACAAACUGGGUGGCAUGAGCAAGGCAGCAUGGCUCCAGUCUGGCCCUGAUCGCCCGGCGCGAACGGAGGCUGACUUCACGGCUGCCUUGUUUCCGCAGAAUCAAGUUGCAAAGCUGGCCAUGGAGGGCAUUAAGCCGGCGCAGGUCUACUGCGAGUUCCAGCAAUGGGCAGUCGCAAGGCAGGAGCUCGACAAGCCAGGCGACCUGGACUUGCAGCACGCUCGUGAACUGCAGGUGUUGGAGAUCGUGGAGACUGCCAGUGCAUUCAGUCGCGCGCAGCAUCCCCGGACUCGACAGCUUCUUUCCUACAUCUCUGCAGGCCGGUAUCAGGGCAUCAGUCGCCCGGACUUUUGCAAAAUCUUGGCAAGCUUCUACGAGGAGUGCACCGAGAAGGGUUUGCAAUUGGCACGAGCCGGUCCUGGCACGCUGUCUUUCGAUGGUCAGUUCUCACAGGGACACUGCAUGGUGAAUCUUUGGCUCAGCAACAAUGCUGGCAGAUUGCGUCUUGGAACAGAGGACUUCAAGGACUCCAAGCAAGAUGCUCCGCGCAUGGCCAGCUUUGCUGUGGAAGCUGUCCAGAGAAUUGGCGCGGACCACGUCUCGGCCAUUGUCACGGAUGGGCCAAGUGUGAUGCGAAACUUAGAACUUCGCACCCUGCGGCCCUGUUCUGUGGUCGUUUGUGGCGCCGUGGGGCGGCGUCAUGGUGAUGAUCGGGGCAAUCGAGAGGUAAUGGCCUUGCUGGAGAAGCACUUGGUCGCAGUGGCUCCGGGUGAGACAACAGACGUCUCUACCUAA